AUGGCCUCAGCAAAUGGAGAAAAAGUAGAACUUGGUUUCAAUGCUGUCCGUGAGACCAAGCCAAAGAAGGAUUGGGUCCUUUUGUCCCUCAGGGUGGUUGCUUUUUUGGCCACUGCAUCUGCUACACUUGUUAUGGCACUCAACAAACAAACCAAAAACUUGGUAGUUGCCACCAUUGGUAGCAACCAAAUAACAGUUACUCUUACAGCAAAGUUUCAGCAUACUCCAGCUUUUGUGUUCUUUGUGAUAGCCAAUGGAAUUGCCAGUCUCCAUAACUUGGUGAUGAUAACAGUGGAUAUAUUAAGACCACAACUUCAUAACAAAGGACUCCAUCUUGGACUGAUUGCUGUAUUAGACAUGAUGACUACGGCUCUGGCAUCAGCAGGAGAUGGUGCAGCAACAUUCAUGUCAGAAUUGGGAAGGAAUGGUAAUUCACAUGCAAGGUGGGAUAAGAUCUGUGACAAAUUCGAAGCCUACUGCACCAGAGGUGGUUCUGCCCUAAUUGCCUCUUUCAUUGGCAUCAUUCUCCUUCUCAUUGUUACUGGGAUGUCCAUCACCAAGCUUCUCAAACUAAAUCGCAUUUAA